CCCAGCGAUUGGCCCGCGCCCACGUCGUCGCAUCUAUCCUCAUUCGCCGGAGGCCAGCGAUACUAGUUGCGUGCUGCGUGCUGCUUCGGUCGCGCCAAAAGCCAGCGCCCAAUAUACAUAUGCGGAUUAUUGGUCACGACUAGUACUACUGGUUUUCCCCGGCGUCCCCAUCUCUUUCGCCCGCCUACCUCCCCUCCCCGGCUCGUGCCAUCCCCACGCCCGGAAAGAUCUGCCCCGGAUAGCGGCGGGGGGCGCUCCCGGCCUGCUGGGACUUCGGCCAUGAGCUGCGGCGUGGGGCAGGGCGGGUGGCUGCUGGACUACGGCCUCGUGGAGGAGGAGAUCCAGGCCUCCGACUUCAUCUACAUGGUCGACGACCCGCCGGUCUCCAGCGUGAUACUGGGCUUCGACGCUCCCAGGAGGGAGGACGCCGCGGCGGCUGCCCAGGACAACUCCGGCGCCAAGAAAAGAUCCCGUCCAGAGUCGAGCGCGCAGCCCGGCACCAAGGCAUGCCGCGAGAAGCUCCGGCGAGACAGGCUCAACGAGAGGUUCAAUGAGCUCUGCGCUGUCUUGGAGCCCGGGAAGCCACCCAAGGCCGACAAGGUCGCCAUCCUCAGCGACGCCACCCGCCUCCUGGACCAGCUGCGCGCCGAGGCCCAGAAGCUCAAGGCCUCCAACGAGUCACUCCAGGACUCCAUCAAGAGCCUCAAGUCCGAGAAGUCGGAGCUGCGGGACGAGAAGACGCAGCUGAAGGCCGAGAGGGAGAGGCUGGAGCAGAUGCUCAAGGGCGUCAGCGCGGCCGCCGCCGCGCCGCGGCAGUUCGUCCCGCACCCGGCCGCCGCGGCCGCGCCGCAGUUCCACCCGGCGGCGGCGUACGCGCACGCCGGCAAGUUCGUCCCGGCGUACGCCGCGGGCUACCCGCCGCCGGCCGCGUUCUGGCAGUGGAUACCGCCGACGUCGCUGGACACGUCCAAGGACCCCGCGCACUGGCCGCCGGUCGCGUGAUUCAUCAGCUCGAUGACGCACGCGCGGCGGCGAUCGUCGGAGGAUAUGCGUGUGUUGAAGCUUGCUCGUACCGUAGAAGUUGACCAAAGCGCGCGCCCGGAGAUAACGCCGGGUCGCUGAUGAUUGUGUAGCGGUUGCUAUGAUUAUGCUGUGGAUAUAAUGAUCCAGGGCUCGCCUGACGCGGGUUCCUGGUGAUCAUUGCUCAUUGGAGCGGUCUGUGUAACAGCUCUAAUGUGAUAGCGAUGAAUAUGGUUCAUAA